CAACCUUUCCUCUCGCACAGCGCAUGCCUGGCGGUCGCUCCAGCGGCUGGCCGCCGGCAUGGCCACCGUUGCAGAACCCAACAUUGGCGCAACCAAGGUCCCUAUGUCGCUCCUUGAGCCUAGUGCAUACAUCAACUACCAGCGCAUCGAGGAUAACCUCGCAAUUGUUCGCGAGAGGCUGAAGCGGCCUCUGACCAUGUCAGAGAAGAUUGUGUACGGUCACCUGGAUGACCCACACAACCAGGAGCUCGUGCGAGGAAAGAGUUAUCUCAAGCUUCGCCCUGACCGAGUUGCGUGCCAGGACGCUACGGCUCAGAUGGCGAUUCUCCAGUUCAUGUCUGCUGGCAUGGACACCGCUGCCGUCCCGACCACUGUGCACUGUGACCACUUGAUUGAGGCCCAGAUUGGUGGACCGAAGGAUCUGGAGCGGGCGGUGAACACUAACAGGGAAGUGUACGACUUCUUGGCUACGGCAACUGCCAAGUAUGGUCUCGGUUUCUGGCGACCUGGCUCUGGUAUCAUUCACCAAAUUAUCCUCGAGAACUACGCCUUCCCCGGCGGUCUCAUGAUCGGUACGGACUCGCACACACCUAACGCUGGAGGUCUCGGCAUGGUUGCUUGUGGUGUUGGUGGUGCUGACGCUGUCGACGUCAUGGCCGGUCUCCCAUGGGAGCUUAAGUGCCCCAAGGUCAUUGGUGUUAACCUCACUGGCAAGAUCGGCGGCUGGACGACGCCCAAGGAUGUUAUCCUGAAGGUUGCGGGUAUCCUCACGGUCAAGGGCGGUACUGGUGCUAUCGUCGAGUACAAGGGUCCUGGUGUCGAAUCGCUCUCGUGCACGGGUAUGGCUACGAUUUGCAACAUGGGCGCUGAAAUUGGUGCAACGACUUCGAUCUUCCCCUUCAACCACCGUAUGGUCGACUACCUGAACGCGACGAAGCGUGGUGAUAUCGCCAAGUACGCUCAGAGCUUCGCGCAUAACCUGCAGGCCGACAAGGAUGCCGACUACGACCAGCACAUCGAGAUUAACCUGUCCGAGCUUGAGCCCCACAUCAACGGUCCCUUCACCCCCGACUUGGCUACCCCUAUCUCGAAGUUCAAGGAGGAGGUCGCGAAGAACGGCUGGCCCGCAGAGCUGAAGGUUGCGCUUAUUGGUUCUUGCACGAACUCAUCAUAUGAGGACAUGUCACGCGCUGCGUCUAUCUGCCGUGAGGCUGCGUCGCAUGGUCUGCAGACAAAGAGCAAGUUUACGGUCACCCCUGGUUCGGAGCAGGUUCGUGCGACGAUUGAGCGCGACGGCCAGAUCGGUGCUUUCGAGGAGGUCGGCGGUCUUUUGCUCGCCAACGCUUGCGGCCCGUGCAUUGGUCAGUGGGAUCGCCGUGACGUCAAGAAGGGCGAUGCCAACUCCAUCAUCACCUCUUACAACCGUAACUUCACCGGCCGUAACGACGCGAACCCUGCUACCCACGCAUUCGUCGCGUCGCCCGACAUCGUCACUGCGAUGGCGUUUGCUGGUGAUCUCGGCUUCAACCCUCUGACUGACUCGCUCACUGGUGCUGACGGCAAGCCGUUCAAGUUCAGCGACCCCUCCGGCCACGAGCUGCCUCCUACCGGCUACGACCCCGGCCAGAAUACCUACCAGGCUCCUCCCGCGGACCGUGCCAGCGUCCAGGUUGCAGUCAGCCCCACGAGCGACCGUCUCCAGCUGCUGAAGCCCUUCGCGCCAUGGGACGGUAAGACCCCGACGGACCUCCCCAUCCUCAUCAAGGUCAAGGGCAAGUGCACGACUGACCACAUUUCGGCUGGUGGCCCGUGGCUCAAGUACCGUGGCCACCUGGAGAACAUCUCCCAAAACUGCUUGAUUGGUGCGAUCAACGCGGAGAACGGCGAGGCGAACAAGGUCAAGAACCAGAUCAACGGCGAGUGGGGCGGUGUCCCGCAGACGGGUGCAUGGUACCGCGACAACGGCAUCAAGUGGGUCGUCAUCGGCGACCACAACUACGGUGAGGGCUCGUCGCGUGAGCACGCUGCCCUCGAGCCGCGCUUCCUCGGCGGUCUCGCUGUCAUCACCCGCUCGUUCGCGCGUAUCCACGAGACGAACCUCAAGAAGCAGGGCAUGCUCGCGCUGACGUUCGUGGACCCCGAGGACUACGAGAAGAUCCAGCCGAGCGACCGCGUCGACAUUGUCGGCCUCGAGAGCUUCCAGGAGGGCAAGAACCUGACGCUUGUGGUCAAGCACCAGGACGGCUCAAAGGAGGAGAUCGCGCUCGCGCACAGCUUCAAUGCCGGCCAGAUCGAGUGGUUCAAGGCGGGUUCCGCGCUCAACCUGAUGGCCGCGAAGGCGAAAUCAGGGCAACAGUAGACGAGGAGGCGCAUGGACGCUCUGUAGAUGCAGGGGACUGUCACCUUACCUUACUGUGUAGUUUUACGUUUGCGCGUGCAGCUGUGACGACCGCUUUGCGUUCUUUAUUGUUUUCCGUGCCAUCUCCCUCCACAUGUCGUCUCUUCUGGCUCCAUCACGAUGUAAUGAGCUAGAGCAAUCAAAAUCAUUCACGACUGC